AUGGAAAGGACAGAAAUAACAAGUGAGUUGCAGACGGGCAAAUCUUCCCUAUUGAGGAAAAACACCCUGUCGGAGUUCGCACAAACUAUUUUAGCGGACACAGACAUCAGCAACGAACGCAGUGAGAGUAAGGAAAGAGGUGUUAUAUCGAAAGAAACGCAGGCGAGCCUUGACGAAAUACCAGAAGAACUCCUCCUAUACAUCUUGCAGCACUUGAAGGACCAAAAGGAUGAUCUGGCCAGACUCUGCCGAGUGGAUAGGCGUUGUAAGCGGAUUUCGCAAGAGCUGUUAUAUGGAACUGUAGGGGGUCUUCGGCCGCAUCAUGGGGAUGCGCAUGCGAUUUCACAGUGGCCCGCACUGGCUAGAAAUGUGCGGACUUUGGUAUACGCAUUUACAGAUUCGGAAGACAAGGAGUCCGAGAGAGAAGUUUUUCUCAGUGUCCUCAGGAAUGGGCACAAUAUUCGAUGGAUGACGUUGGGAGUCGACCACGCCAAAGCCAACAACGACGAGCCAAUGAGUGCAAGGAGUACUACGGCGGGUUGGCUAAGAUUAUUCAACCAAGCCAUAUACCCCUCACUGGAGCCUCGCAACCAAUUCUCCAAACUCACACACCUCUGUAUCAAAGUCAGACGCCUGGCAUCAAGAGAUUUCCCAAUCGAAUCCCUAUCCAGCCUCUUCCGCCUGCCCUCCCUCCUACACCUCCAACUGGAUGGCUUCCACCAAACUACGCCCUUCAGGACAUGGCCUAUACCGACUUCCACAAGCCCCAUCAAAGAACUCUUCCUACACCGCGCAAUGCUAGACAUAUCCGCCUUAUCCAACAUCCUCAUUUCCAUUCGCUCCCUCUCCCACUUCGAAUACAACUUCCACACCGCCCCCUGGGAGCCCUUCGCCGCAGAAUCCAACCCGCUAUCCAUCUUCCCUGAGCACUCUUGGAGCCAGCUAGGCACCGCACUGCACCACCAUCGAACAUGCCUCGAGCGUCUCUCGCUCUCCGACGCUUCAGACGCCGGAAUUAUCGAGACGGUUUACCCCGAGGGUCACGACUUCGGCAUCCUGGGCUCGUUCAGCGAGUUUGACUGCUUGCACAGCAUGGCUUGUCCUCUCGACGUAUUUGUUGAUGUUGCCUACGCAGUGGAUACGGAGUUCUCGGCGCUGCUUCCGCCACAGUUGGAAGCAUUCAGUACGAUUGUGCGCGAGAAGGAGGCAGAUGAGGCGGCGGUACCCGUGGAACUUGUGACUUCCCUAUGUAACGCUACAGGAACGAGGAAGCCGGAGGUAUCAGUGUACUUUCAAUAUAUACAGAGAUGCCAAGUACGGACUUCACAGCGCCUGAGCGACGCAGCCAAGCGCGCAAUGGAGAAUGGAGUUGUAUUAUUCUUCAAGGAUGGAGAGAAGGACCACGAGGCGUGGGUUCUGGGACGAGAGGGUGUAGAGGAAGACGACGAUUAUUCCAUGGAAGACGAGGACGAGGACGUCAACGACGAGAUCACGGACCACGGAGAUGAGGGGUGA